AACAAGAAGUAGAAACGUUUCCGGGUGCUACCUGUGGAAAAUUAAUUCCCUGGCAAAUGUUGGAUACCUACUUAAAUCCAAUGUUUUCUCUGUAGUAACCGAAGAUCUGCAUUUAUAUUAUGGCAGUAGCAAUGAGCUCGACUUGCCCUGGACUAUACUGUGGGAGGACGCUCAUAAAUGGCUCAACUGAGGGAGAUUGUGGGGUUUGCCCUCGUGGGGAAAGGACAAAUCUGGAGAAAAUCUGCAAGAGAUGUGAGGGAUCUCCAGAGCUCUAUGACUGGCUUUACUUGGGCUUCAUGGCAAUGCUUCCCCUGGUCCUGCACUGGUUUUUCAUUGAAUGGUAUUCUGGGAAAAAAAGUUCGAGCGCCCUGUUCCAGCACAUCACAGCCCUGUUUGAGUGCAGCGCUGCAGCUGUUGUCACACUGAUAGUGAAUGAUCCGGUGGGGGAGCUGAAAAUCCGCUCCUGCCACGUUCAGAUGCUGUCCGACUGGUACACAAUGCUCUACAACCCAAGUCCCGACUAUGUCACCACACUGCACUGCACCCAGGAGGCUGUGUUUCCUCUGUACACCAUGGUUCUGAUCUAUUAUGCUUUCUGCUUACUCUUCAUGAUGCUACUACGGCCUCUGCUUGUGAAAAAAAUAGCAUGUGGUCUGGGGAAGACUGACCGCUUCAAAAGCAUCUAUGCUGCUCUCUAUUUCUUCCCAAUUCUAACUGUUCUGCAAGCAGUGGGAGGAGGCCUUCUCUAUUAUGCUUUCCCCUACAUUAUUUUGGUGUUGUCCCUGGUUACGUUGGCAGUGUACAUGUCAGCUUCAGAGAUACAGACAUUUAAGAACAUUGUAGCCAAGAAGAAGAGGAUGGUGGUACUUUUCAGCCAUUGGCUCCUCCACGCCUACGGCAUUGUCUCAAUCUCCCGAUUGGAUAAGCUGAGCCAGGAUUUGCCGCUAUUGGCACUUGUACCUGGGCCUGCGCUCUUCUAUUUGCUCACAGCCAGGUUCACAGAGCCCAACAGGAUUUUGUCAGAAGGUGGAAAUGGACACUAAUGGGUCAGUCCAGUGCCCUUUACUGCAGGCUGUAUCUUAUCUUUACAGAAAUUCAGUUACUACCGUUGUACCUGGUAGUGACUUAAUUUCAUAACACCAAUGACAUGAACCCUGAAGAGCCUUACCAAAACACUUGGUCAGAACCUCCUCAUUAUGGUCUGUCCUCAUAGACUCAGUGAAGUCCUUUGUGAACAUCUCCUUCAUCUAUUAAGGUGGGAGGCAGGCUUGUAUUUUAUGUUUAGACUGAAGAAUAUCUAUAAUCUAAUGAAGUGUACAUUUUUGGCUAAAUGCUACAGCCUGUGCAUCUACUGUUUUUCCAAAUUAUUCUCUAUUUGCGGUAUUGAUCAGUGCAUAUUAAGUGGAUGGUACAUUCUUAUUUUUGAGGUUCUGUGUUCAUGGAGUGGUAUUAAUGGAUGUGUUGUCUCUUCUUCCUGUAAAGAGAAAUCUUGCACUAAUUGCAGCUGGUCUGUAAACUGUGCUUGACUAGUUAUUUAUCUUUUCAUAUAAGAUGUAACUUCACUGUGCCAAACACUCAGCUGUAUGUCCUUGAGUGAUACAUGCCUGUACUGGUUCAACAACACUUAACACUUAAAGGUAAACCUGCUUUAGAAGUCUUACCAAGAUGUGACUUUAUCAGAUAGUAAUGUUGCUGCUGAUAUAUACUUAAUGCAUUGAGAGCAUGAUUAUAUACAUAGUAUAUUACCUCUCUCUUUGUAAUAUGUUAUUUUAAGUUGAGAAAUAAAUGUUUUGAGAAUCUUAUGCAUGUAUAUUUAAAAUAAUUUACAUUCAGAAGUUACUGUUGGAUGAGGAAUAUUGGAAAAUUCAUUGUUCUGGUAAUAGUGAAAUACAGAUUAAUAAAAAUCCCAUUAAUAUGUAAUUUGUGUUAACACAUUGGGGUAAUAUACAACUAAUUCAUGUUUUAAUAAAAUAAUGCAGCAAA